UGGCAAUUUUCUGCUUUUGAAUCCCACCACCGUUUCAACUUUGAAGGUGGAUGGAAUUGGAAAGUUUGUAGCAAAAAAAAGCCGAACAGAAAGUGACCUGAAAAAAGUGCACUUGAGAUGCAUCAACCCCAACACAAUGCCAACAACAAGAACAAAAACGACGUCGUCAGGGUCACCACCAACCUGAAACGAAUUCUGAAGCCCAAAGCAGAGAUGAAAAGAGGGAGAACAGGCAAGUUCGACAAUUUGGUCGCACUGAGCAGACAACGAUCCAUUCAGAUUCUCAUCGCCAUUGCGCUCUUGUACGUCCUCUUCCUCACCCUCGAAAUCCCCUUCGUCUUCAGAACCGCCCAACAACCCACUCACACCCGCCGUCAACUCGUUCGCCGCCAAAACGGCGUCGUCUCCGCCUUGGUCCUAAACGACGCCGCGUUCGAUUCGGAGCUCUACCAAUCCGCCUGCCGCGCGGGAAAGACCGUCUGGGAGGAACUAAGAUCAGGAAGCCCGCCGGGCCCCAUUCCGAGUCCUGAGAAUCGAUCCGGGCCGUGUCCGGAAUCCGUUUCGGUGUCCGGGCCCGAGUUUCUGGGCCGCGGAAGUGUGAUGGUGAUUCCGUGUGGGCUCACGUUGGGGUCCCACGUAACGGUGGUUGGGAAGCCGUUAAGGGCGCAACGGAAGACGUGUCAGUUCGUGAUGGAGUUGCAGGGGCUGAAAACGGUGGAGGGUGAGGAACCGCCUAGGGUGAUGCAUUUCAACCCUAGGUUGAAAGGGGAUUGGAGUGGGAAGCCUGUGAUUGAACUCAACACGUGUUACCGCAUGCAUUGGGGUACUGCAUUGCGCUGUGAUGGUUGGAAAUCCAGAGCUGGUGAAGAUACUGUUGAUGGGUUGGUGAAGUGUGAGAAGUGGAUUAGGGGUGAUGAUGAUGAUAGGGAUGCAGUGGAGACCAAGGCAGCGUGGUGGUUGAAGAGAUUGAUAGGGCGGCCAAAACGAGUAACAGUUGACUGGCCAUUUCCAUUUUCUGAGAACAAGCUAUUUAUUCUUACUCUUAGUGCUGGAUUGGGGGGUUACCAUAUUAAUGUUGAUGGGAGGCAUGUCACCUCUUUUCCUUAUCACACUGGAUUUACUCUUGAGGAUGCCACUGGUCUUACUUUGAGUGGGGACAUUGAUGUCCAUUCUGUAUUUGCUGCCUCUUUGCCUUCGGUGCAUCCCAAUGUUUCUUCGCAGCAACAUCUUGAAUUUUCAACCAGAUGGCGUGCCCCGAAUCUUCCUCGCUAUGGUGUGGAAUUGUUUGUAGGGAUCCUUUCGGCUGGAAACCAUUUUGCUGAGCGGAUGGCUGUGAGGAAGUCAUGGAUGCAGCAUAGCUUUAUCAAGUCUUCUAAAGUGGUCGCUCGUUUCUUUGUAGCACUGCACCCGAGGAAGGAAAUUAAUGUGGAGUUGAAGAAGGAAGCAGAAUAUUUUGGUGAUAUUGUUAUAGUUCCUUACAUUGAUAACUAUGACCUUGUUGUGUUGAAAACAGUGGCCAUAUGUGAAUAUGGGGUUCGCACAGUUUCUGCGGAGUAUAUCAUGAAAGGUGAUGAUGACACUUUUGUAAAAGUUGAUGCUGUUAUGAAUCAAGCAAGGAAUGUUCCACGUUCUAUGAGCUUUUAUAUUGGGAACAUUAAUUACCGUCACAAACCCUUGCGCCGUGGUAAAUGGGCUGUGACAUAUAAGGAGUGGCCAGAAGAGGAAUACCCACCCUAUGCUAAUGGACCGGGUUAUGUUUUGUCUUCUGAUAUUGCACACUACAUUGUAUCUGAAUUUGAGAUGAAUAAAUUAAGGUUGUUUAAGAUGGAAGAUGUGAGUAUGGGAAUGUGGGUAGAGCAGUUUAACCGGACGAAACCGGUAAACUAUUUGCAUAGCUUCAAGUUCUGCCAAUACGGUUGUGUAGAAGGCUAUUACACAGCCCAUUACCAAUCGCCUAGGCAGAUGAUGUGCCUGUGGGACAAAUUGCAGAUGCAGACAACGCCUGAGUGCUGCAACAUGAGAUAAAGUUGAGGUAUUGGUUGCCAUUGAAUUCAGUGAGGAACAAAGUAAACAAGUUUUGCAGUCAUAGCUUAGCUUCAACAUUUUGUAUAUAUAGUGGAGCUUGGAUAGUUAAAUUAGCCCUGUGUAUAAAAUGUGGCCUUUUAAAUUUUGUUGUUUAUUUAUUCAUUUGGAAAGACAAUUCCAUUAUUUAGGUUACUCGAUUUUGUUUCGUCAUGGGAUUGAGAUUGGAAGAUCAACGUGAGGGUGGGCGGGAACUAUGGGUAGGAGGACCAUAGGUAGCGGGAACAUUUUCUUUUUUUUGAGGGAGAGCAAGAACAUGUUAAAUAUACAAGUUCUGUAUUUAUUUUAUCUUACUCUUUUUGACAUUUUA